GAAGGGAACACACAGUUGAAACUUCAGCUGCCAAAGAAAACAUGCAUUUCUGAGUGAGAUGUGCUUGAUUUAACGUUUAAUUUUGCGGGUUUUAAUUGAACAGGAUACUAUGCUAAGGAAAUAGUAUGCAGAUACUCUGAAUGCAUAUCGAGCUGUACAGCAGUAGGUCAUUAUUGACAACUUUGAGUAACGAAUUCGUAGCGGAGCUAGCGCGCUAGCCAUGGACCCGCUAGACAUACUACUGGACGAAGUGGCGUUGGAGGGACUGGACGGGGUUACUACCACCUCGCUGUGGAUUCGGUUGGAAAAGAGGAACCCUGCUUUCCCACUGAAUCUAGACUCGUAUACUAAAGAGUUCAUUUGGAAAUCCUUGGUAUAUAACCACGAAGUCGACUUCUACGAGCUGCCGCAAGAGAGAGCGGAUGUCGUGCUCGUCGACAGGUUUGCAGACAUCGAUCCAGACACAGGGAUUCAGGAAGUAGCCUGUUGGGACGUCAGAGGGGACUCCUACCCUGUCCAGAUCUUAUUGGAUGAUAAGAGUGGAAUCCAGGGCUCGUGCGUCUUCUUCAAGGAGAGGAAAAACGUCACCCCAAUCAUCCGCACCACCGACCUGACGCCAUGUCUAACGUUAGAGGACGCCUUCAAAAGGUGGGGUAGGAAGCUGGUAAUGGUGGCCUCCCAGAGGGUAAGGUUCAGGGUGUUGAUAGGUGACGGAGGCGACCCGGACGUGAAGCUGACUGACCACUCCUACUGUAUCCUGGAGAGGCUGGGGAGGGCCCGCUGGCAGGGAGAGUUACAGAGAGACCUGCACUCCUGCUCAUUCAAGACGGACCCGAGGAGGAUGCACUACAUGAGGAAGUCUCUGAAGCAGAAUGAUCUGAUCACCAUGCAGUCUCAUGUCAUCAGACUGGCCAGCGGAGCACAGCAACACUCCAUACUACUGCUGCUCAAACGCUUCCACAUAGACCGGCGUAGUAAGUAUGAUAUCCUGAUGGAGACGACCUCUAACCUCCUGUCAGAGACGUCCAACCACAUGGCCUCCGUAAUCACACUACGAGACCAACUGUGUGUCAAUGAGAGGACCUUUAAGCGUGUGUGUCAGUAUAUGCAAGCAGCCAAACUGGUCCAAGUGGUCAUUAAACCAGUUGAACAGCUCAACCCUACAGUUGGCCCCUUCAAUACCAGGAAAGGGACCAAGGUGGUGGCUCGCUGUCUGAAGCUCAUCAAACCCUACGUUAGGAAGGAGGUGGUCGAGGCUGAGGAUGAUGAUGAUGAUAACGACGAUGAAGAUGGGGGAGGAGCAAACAGGAAGUCCGUCCCCACAGAGGGGCGGGUCAUGGAGAGAGACCUCCUCUCACAGGCCUAUGGGAUCUUCGUGUCCAGUGGGACCAAGGGCAUCUCCCAGAGUGCAAUGCGUGCGAGGAUGUGCAUCGGCAAGCUGGAGUCUCGCAUGAUCUGCCGUGUGCUGGAGAGGACGGACAUGAUCAGGGGUUUCAUGGAAGACGAGGGUCGUCAGAGGACCACCAAGUACGUCAGCCAUCUGCAUGUAGACCAGUGUGACCUGCUUCAACAUCUAGUCAAAGAGCAGAACCGAUCAGACAAGCUUCGCACUGUAGGGGGCCCCAAAACCCCAGCACAGACCACCCCAAAAACACCAUGGCUUCUGGAACCUCUGGGAAACACUGAGGAAGAGAAGGAUGGAGAGAGGGGUGAGGAAGAGGGAGACUGGGAAGUCAAGAAGAAAGGGAAGAAGGGAGCAAAGAAGAAAAAGAAGAAGGAAAAAGUGGGCGAGAAACUCAACUUCCUGGUACCUACUCACUCUACACCCGUCAACAGUGAGACCACGCCCCCUACCGAAGGGGGAGCCAAUCAAGAGCUAGAGCUGGAAUCUCGGCUCAGCACUGGUGAGGGGCAGGAGUCAAAAUUCAGUCCUGACGUUUCAUUGGACCAGACGGAGAGUAUGUUAGUAGGCAACAGCCAACCAGAGGACAGCGUCACGGUCAUCGAGGAGAUCCCCAGUCAAAAGGAGUGUACCCGCCAGACGUACCGCCUGCUGAAAAGGAAGAACAUGAUUGUGGAAGCUGUCCGGAGCCUCAAGAUCAUCGAGGGCCUCUUCACACUCCAGAGGUUGGUCCAGGAUGAGGAGAAGUUAGAUGGUGUCAACACUAAGUGUUGUAAGAAGUCUAUCCUGCGUCUCAUCAGAUCUCUGUCUAAAGAGGGAAUGCUCAAACUGUUCAGAACCACUGUUAUACAGGACGGAGUCAGCAAGAAGGUGGAGUUUAUAGUCCAUCCCUCUGUGACUCCUAGUGAUGCUAUAGUGAAGUCAGCUAUAGAACAGGUCCGUUUCCGUAUCUCCAGCUCCUACUCUGCAGCACGUAGUAAUGAAGUUCAGGAGGAGGAGAAGGCUAAGGAGAGGGAGAGGAAGACUGAGGGAAAUGAGAGCCCUGCUAAACUCCAGAGGAUGAGAACAGAAGACAAGAUGGGAGUCCAGAACAAAGAGAAAGAACUGAGGAACUUCAAACCUUCAAUAGUCCCAGGUCUGAGCAAGACGUUGGGGUUCCAGCCUAAGAUGCCUCGUCUGAGACUGACACACACCUUCCUGUGGUAUCUGACCUACGGACACCCCCUGAGACACACGCCCACCACCGCUUCCCUGGACUUCCACACCACCUCCAGCUCUAUCGUCCUCCCCACUGACAACCCUAGUGUCCAGACUACCUACCCCACCACCCCCACCCCCAGGAACCCUGUUAACGCUGCCAACAACCCCUCACAACCCCAAACUACACACACUGACAACGCCCGUCCUUCUAGCUCUGAACACACAGACCUCACCACCUCAAGCCCCCAAAACACAGACACCCCAAAUCCCCAAAACUCGGACCUCCCCGACACCCAGAACCCAACCGUUGACAAUUCUGAAAUAAGAGACCCCGCCUCCACAGAGGGACAGCCAGGCCUGACCUCUGACCCGGACGUGAUGUCAUCAUUGGCCGAGGAAGGGCAGGAGGUGACCAAUCUGACGGAUGUCGGACACGACCCUAACAUGAAAGUCUAUGUAGAUGAGUUGUCUUGGAGGCGAUAUAUCCCCCCUGCUCCGGUCCACAGAGACUUUGGUCCAGGCUGGGCCCUGACCUCUGAUGUUGUGCUCUGUCUGCCUCUCUCUAUCUACGUUCAGAUUAUACAGAUAUCCUUCAAGGUGGAUGGUUUGGAGGAGUAUCUGAACGACCCAGUGAAGCAGCACUACCUCAUCAGGUUCCUGCCUUCUAGGAUGAAGACACAACUACUGCACAAACGGAAGUACAUCUUUAGUUUCCAUGACAGCAUGCAGCGUCUGAUUUACAUGGGGCUGCUGCAGUUUGGACCGGUGGAGAAGUUCCAAGACAAAGACCAGGUGUAUCUGUAUGUGAAGCGUAACUGUAUGAUAGUGGACACUACGACGUGUGAACCUCACUAUAACCUGGUCUUGGAGACCAGGGUGUUUGAGAGACGCAGAUACACACUGAACACCUUGACAGACGUAGACAACUACUGGUUUGACCUGCUGUGUGUCUGCCUCAACACACCACUAGGUGUGAUCAGGAAGGAGCGGCCGAAGAAAAGCUCCGCCUCCAAAUCCCAGGAGGAGGAGGAGCCAGUCAGGGUUCCCGUGGAGACAGACCGCCACAGGUUCCGCCACCUGGAACACAUGCUCAAGGGCAGCAGGGAGGUGUGUGAGGCAGCAGUAAUACCAGGUGAUAGUAAAGGAGCAGGAGGUCUGGACUCUGACUUCUUCGGACAUCUCAAACGCAACUGGAUCUGGACCAGUCAUCUGAUGAGAACCAAGAGGAGCAACAAACAGUAUGAGUCCAGUAACACAGUGAGACUGAAGAGUCUACUGAGCAAACAUCUGGCCAUGGAUAUAGGUCCUAAGUUCCCCGGGCCCCUGUCCUCUAAGCACGGGGUCCCAGCAGGGUUGAGGGUGGAGGAGGAAGUGGUCCACAUCGCCACUGAGUCCUCCAAUAGGAACCAGCUGGUUAAAGGAGGGAAGAAGCAGAGGAGGAAGAGAACCAUCAAACAGAAAAAGCUGGUCAAAACACCACGCAAGAAGAAGAAAGUAGAGGAGGUUAAGAAGCGUACCCCAGUCCAUGAUGAAGCAGACCAUAAAGCUCUGACUAUGAUGACCAGACGGAGAGUAACAUGGAGCGUCAGGGAGGACUCUGUUCUCAUCCUCUGUAGAGUCGCUUCACACUUCCUCAACCGCAAGCUACGCAGGCCCUUUGUUCCAUGGUGUGUAGUGAGGGAUCUGCUCCAUGCAGAGUUUGAAGAGUCUCUGGAUAAAACCUCUCCGUCUGUCGGACGACGAUCACGUUACAUACUGAAGAACCCACAGACAUACCUCAACUACAAGAUCUGUCUUGCGGAGGUGUACCAGGACAAGCCUCUGAUAGUGAACCUACAGGGAAGGAAACACGACCCCAACGACCCCAAGGAGUGUUCUACAGUGUUCCAUGAGUUUGUGUCGUUACUCAGACAGAAGUUCAGCUCCGCCUCCGGAUCCUGUGAUGUCACCAUCCCUGACACCAAGACACAGCUGUUCUCACGGUUUAAGGUGUACACCCUAGAGGACAUGUCAGAUGAGAACACCAAGGACACUCUCAACAGUAUUGAGGACAUCCACUCCCUGGUGUUGAACAAUCUGAUCCAGAGCACGUUGGCCAUGUCCAACUCUCAGAUGAAAUGCUGCCGAUCCUUCCAGACCUUCCAUACCUACAGUAGGUACCGUCAGGAGGUUCUGUGUCAGGUGUUUGUCCAGUGUAGGAAGAAGGGAUUGGUCAACAGACGAAGGAUCAGUCAACUGUGUGGCCCCAAUAAGAACCGUGCCCUACCCAUCCUGCCCAUGUCUUACCAACUGUCUCAGAGUUACUACAGGUGUUUUACAUGGCGUCUGCCCACAGGUCUGUGUACAGAGGUGUUUGACUUCAUGCAGGGCUUGAGAGAGAAUGGGACUGGAGACAACCACCCUACCACUGUCUUCAUACACGAAGGACAGGAGAAAGAGAUGGAGAAAAAAAGGGAGAGACUGAGUCUACCUCCAAGGACCCUGCCUCCCGUCCUCUCCCCAGACGGAGCAGCCUGA